UGAAUGGUCAGAAGAUCGUCAUCCGCCCAUCCCCAACACUGUAUAUAUAUUGGGUGUGAUUAUCCCAUCAGCAGUAGUGGGACGCAAGUCAGUGAACAAUGGUACUCUGCAGCAUAUGGGUGUUUGUGGUGCUGCUGGUUGGCGGUGCUGCAGCCGAAGAUGAAGAUGGUAAUGUCACCAUGAGCACAGAUGUGCGUCGCAUGGUAGGUCAGACCAUCAGCAUGGGGCCAAUGAUGAACUUGACCGGUCUGCAGCUGACUCUGGGGGGGGAGUGCCACUCAACAUGACGGGAUUCACACUCACGUUUAACGACGCGCUAAUACUCGACAGCAUUAUCCGAGGAAGAUCAAUCGUGGACCUGCUAUACAUAGCAUGCAAAGUGGCAGAAAUCGAAGGAAGGAUAGCAAGCGCCCUCAGUCUGCCGCUUACAAGCAUCGCAAUUGAAAGUAUAUUCGACCCUUCGGACGACAUUCCUCUUGAUCGUGCCGAUGUUGACGCUAUAAUAGGAGAUCUGAAUGACGAUCCUACAAUCCUUGAGUUCCUGAGAAAUUCUACUUCCGUUCUGGCCAGAAGGAAACGGAAAGCCCUGGUCGAUUUAAGAUGGCCUGGCACCGUGAUUCCUUACCAGAUCACAUCCGACUUCAACUUGUUCCCAGACAGUAGGCAGGCCAUACUGGACGGCAUAGCUUACUGGGAGAACGAGACGUGCCUGGACUUCCAAGACGUUGGUGCUGCCGCGGGAUCAAAGAUGGUGUUCAGGCGACUUGUUGGGUGCUGGUCCUUCCUGGGUAUGAAACCUUAUCCUCAGACGAUAUCCAUUGGUGCCGGCUGCAAUCAGAGAGGGGUUGUAGCCAGAGAGAUUGGCCAUGCUCUGGGAUUCGUGCCAGAGCAUCAGAGACCAGACAGAGACCUAUAUUUGAACAUCAACUGGAGCAACGUGCGUCCUGGCAAGCUUCACAAGUUCCUCAGAACCACCUGGAGACGCAUCGUAACGCUGGGCGUUCCUUACGACUACUCCUCCCUACUGCACUACGGGGCAUUCAUGUUUUCCAACAAUGGACAGAAAACAAUCUCCGGGAGGGAACCUGACGUUGACAGGACUUUUGGAUUCAGCAAAGCUCUCUCCUUCUACGAUGUGAAACUUGCAAAUUUAUUAUACUGUUCAGGCAGUUGCCCAGGAGGACUCGAGACAUCAAUGUGCAUGAAGGACGGUUACAGGAACCCCAGGAACUGCUCCUACUGCAAGUGCACUAAUGGUCUGACAGGAAGAUACUGCAUGUCGGUGGAACCUGGAAGGAAUACUAACUGUAGUUCGACAUCUUUGGUGGCGACACCGGUGUGGCAAACGUUGACCUCCCCUGGCCACAACACCACGGGGUACACAGCGUUCUCUGCAUGUUCUUGGCUUAUAACGGCACCCAACAACACAGCCAUUACGAUACGCUUCAGUGGAUCAUUUGACUUUCCUUGUCAAAGUCCUUGCAUGGACUUCGUGGAAGUCAGGUUUACUGAUCUGGCCAGAACCGGGCCAAGAUACUGCUGCUCAGCGCGCCCCCUACAGUACUUCCGGUCCCAUGGGAACGAAGCUCUGAUCCUGUUCAAGGCCAACUCUAGUUUGAGUCGAAAUGGAUUUGCCCUCGAGUACAGGACAGAACCUUGUGGAGGUUGUUCCGGCAAUGACUCAGUACAGCCGUGUUUGGAGACACAGAGAUUCAAUUGUCCAGGCGUCUUCACCGGCAACUGCAACUUCUGGGGCUUCACUCGCUGUACAAAUCGUAGACGGAAUACAUGCUACCGAAUAGCACAGUCCUGUUGUGAGGGAUACAGACUCAUCAACAAUACUUGUUACCGUAUUCUAUCGGAUUGGACGGCUUGGUCAACCUGCAGCACUACAUGUGGUGGGUGUGGCACUAGGACCAGGACAAGGACAUGUAUUCGUCCUCCAUGCAGUGAGCCAUUAAGCGAGACGGAGAGAUGCAACACUCAGGUAUGCUCGGGGAUCCCCGUGUCCAGUACCUGUUCCUUCAGGUUUCGAUGCGGAUGGUGGUUCUUUAGAAGACAAUGUACCAGGUACUCCAUUUGCUACAGACUCGACAGAUGCUGCUCUGGACGAAUCGAGCGGAAUGGCUUCUGUAACUGAAGAUACCAUGACUGUCUCUUUCUGAAUAAAAAC